GACCCGGAUGUUGCUACGCUGCACUCAGUGUGCGUCCCCUGCAACGGUCCGGGUUUAUUAUUGAUUGGACUGAGAGCAGGCGGAAUUUUCCGUGAAGGUGUACACAGCUGCAGAAGUAGCAGCAUGGCUCAUAUCACCAUCAACCAGUAUCUGCAGCAGAUUUAUGAGGCCAUCGACAACCACGAGGGCUCUUUCUGUGCUGAGCUGCUUUCCUUUAAACACCCACAUGUUGCCAACCCUCGGCUCCAGUUGCCCAGUCCAGAAGACAAAUGUCAGCAGGUUCUGGAACCACCGUACGAUGAGAUGGUCGCAGCUCACCUCAGAUGUACCUACGCUGUGGCAAAUCACGACUUUGUCGAAGCCUACAAGUUCCAGACACUUGUUGUCCAGUCAUUCUUGAGGGCAUUCCAAUCGCAUAAAGAGGAGAACUGGGCUCUGCCAUUGAUGUUUGCUGUCACUCUGGAUCUGAGGAUCUUUGCUAACAAUGCAGAGCAACAGCUCCAGAAGAAAGGUAAAGGUCAACCUGGUGAGAUGUUGGAGAAAGCAGCAGAGCAGUUGAUGAGCUGUUUCAGAGUGUGUGCUAGUGACAAUCGCGCUGGGAUUGAUGACUCUAAAAAGUGGGGGAUGAUGUUUCUGAGCAACCAGCUCUUUAAGAUCUACUUCAAGAUCAACAAGUUGCAUCUGUGUAAGCCUCUGAUCAGAGCCAUCGACAGCUCCAACCUGAAAAACGACUACAGUCAAGCUCAGAAGGUCACGUACAAAUACUACGUGGGCCGGAAAGCAAUGUUUGACAGUGAUUUCAAACCAGCGGAAGAGUUUCUGUCUUAUGCCUUCGACCACUGUCAUCGAUCCAGUCAGAAGAACAAGAGGAUGAUUCUCAUCUACCUGCUGCCUGUUAAGAUGCUGCUGGGUCACAUGCCGACUCAUCAGCUGCUGAGAAAAUACGACCUCAUGCAAUUUGACGACGUGACUAAAGCUGUGAGUGAGGGGAACCUGCUGCUGCUGAACGAGGCUCUGUCCAAACACGAGACCUUCUUCAUCCGCUGUGGGAUUUUCCUCAUCCUAGAAAAGCUCAAGAUCAUCACCUACAGGAACCUCUUCAAAAAAGUGUAUUUGCUCCUGCGAACCCACCAGCUGCCCCUGGACGCCUUUUUAGUGGCUUUGAGGAUGAUGCAGGUAGAGGAUGUAGACGUUGAUGAAGUGCAGUGCAUACUGGCCAACCUAAUCUACAUGGGUCACAUCAAAGGUUACAUCUCCCAUCAGCACCAGAAGCUCGUGGUCAGCAAACAGAAUCCAUUCCCACCUCUCUCCUCAGUCUCCUAGUCCUCAUUACCCACAAUUCCUUGCAGUCUGAUGGCUCACAGCCUUGAAACCCUUUUUGAUAAAUUUUGUAAAAAGUUGUUGAAUAAACAGAUGCUGGUUUGUA